GUGCAAUCAUGGAGGAGACAGAAAAUGUUGGAUGCCAGCAUUACAAGAGAAAAUGUGCCCUUGUUUCACCUUGUUGCAAAAAAGUGUAUACAUGUCGAGUUUGUCAUGAUGAUAAAGAGAAUCACCAACUUGUGAGACAGGAUGUUCAAGAAAUCAAGUGUCUAAUUUGUGAAAAAGUUCAGAAAGUGGCUGGAAGUUGCGAGAGUGAAGAUUGUAAGACAGUGUUUGGAAAAUAUUUCUGUGAGAAGUGUAGGUUAUAUGACGACGACAACAAGAAACAGUUCCAUUGUGAUAAAUGUGGCCUAUGCAGAGUGGGCGGAGAUGAGAACUACUUCCAUUGUGAUACAUGUGGGGUUUGUCUCGCUAAGGAGCUGAGGAAUGCUCACAAGUGUAUUGAGCAGGCUUCUCGCUCUAACUGUGCAGUGUGUUUAGAGGAUCUGCAUACAUCAAGGAUAGCUGCUCACAUACCUCCCUGUGGUCAUCUCAUCCACUAUGCAUGUUUUAAGGAAAUGUUGAAAACUGG